AUGAACUCACUCGGAAACAGUGAUCUCGAAAGGGGUAGCUCGAACCUUACACGUUUCAUUGAAAAUUUAGAAACAACUGUCUUAGCCAGCAAUAUUGUAUUGAAUUCUGAUAUUGCAAAACAAAAAAUACAAAAGUCUAUCCUUAAAGAUAUACAAGGCAUUAAAGUUGGCAUUAUCGGUUACCUUACACCAAAAUAUAAUAUUUUAGAUAGCACAGACAGCAUAGAGUACAUUGAUGAAAUAAUAGCUAUGCAAGAAGAAGUACAAAUACUAAAAGCUCAAGGUGCAAAAAUAAUAAUAGCUUUAGGUCAGUCUGAAAUCGGGAAAGAUAUUGAAAUAGCUUUGGAAGUCGAUGGUGUUGACUUAGUAAUUAAUGGCCAUGACAAUAGUUUCUUUUCAAAUGGAACAGUUGCUGAAUCUGAUUUCGAAAACUCAAUAAAGUCUAUAAUAAUAUCCCAAAAAUCAGGAAAACAAGUACCCGUGAUUCGUUCAUAUGCCUAUAACAAAUAUCUUGGAAAAAUUGUCGUUUUAAUUAAUAGAAAUGGAAAUAUUGUUGACUAUCGAGUCGAUCCCUUACUUCUUGAUAAUUCUAUUCCCCAAGAUUCUGAAAUAUCACAAAUUAUCAAGAAUUCAGUAGACGAUGUCAUGGCUUAUUCAAAUGUAGAAGUCGGUAAUACUGUUGUAGUCCUUGAUGGGGAAACAUGUGGCUUAGAAGAAUGUAACUUUGGGAAUUUAGUACUAGAUUCCAUGGUUUUUCACUACGCGUCUAAAUUUGAAGGCGAGAGGUGGACUGAUUCCCCUAUAGCUAUUAUAAAUGGUGGUGCAUUGUCUAGAAGAAUUUUGCCACAAAACACCCCAAUAACCCAAGGAGAUUUACUCUCAUCUAUACCAGAAAAUGACGUUCUAGUGACUGUUACAUUAAAUGGAACAUUACUUACACAAGUUUUAGAGCAUUCAGUUUCUAGUUAUACGCGAAGCAACCCUUCAGGACAGCUACUUCAAUUUUCAGGCAUCAGAGCUACCUUUGAUUUAGCUAAAGAUCCUCACUCAAGAUUGAUAAGUGCUGUUGUACGAUGUUGGAAUUGUUUCGUACCACAGUUCUUUACCAUUGAUGAAUGGAGAGAUUACAAAAUUUUAAUGCCUUCUUCGUUAGCCAAAGGAGGCUAUGGCUAUUCAAUGCUAGUUAAUCUACCAAGACAAGAACUUGACUAUGAUGUAGUAACAUGUGUUGCUGAUUACAUUAAAAGGAGAAGUCCAGUAUACCCUGAAGUAGCUGAACGUUUAGUGCUACUAAACCAGGACUCAGCUCCUGACUCUGCAAUUGCUCUAAGUUCAACUAUUCUAAUGCUAAUCCCCGCUUUAUCAUUAUUGCUUAAUUCGUCUUUGGGAAAUCACGAAUUUGAUAACGGUAUCUCUGGUCUAACACCUUUCAUAAGAAAUUUGACAUGCCCAGUAUUAGCGGCUAAUCUCAUUCUAACUGAGGAGCCUGACUUACAAUCAGAACAUAAUCUAAUGAAUUCAGUCAUAUUUAAUAUAAAUGGUAUUAAAGUAGGCAUAAUUGGAUAUCUUACCCCAGAUACAAAAUUUUUAGCUAUGAAAAACAAAGUCGACUAUAUUGAAGAAGUAGUUGCAAUAAAGAAAGAGGUAGAAAAACUGAAAAGAGAGGAAGUUAAAAUUUUAAUUGCUCUAGGACACUCAGGAUUUCUAAAAGACUUAGAAAUAGCAGAGAAAGUUGAAGAUAUCGAUCUUGUUAUCGGAGGUCACACGAAUACAUUCUUAUGGAAUGGCACAGCUCCCGAUGCGGAGAUAGUACAGGGACCUUAUCCCACCUUAGUGAUGCAACCUUCGGGAAGACUUGUCCCAGCAGUACAAGCUUAUGCAUAUACCAAAUAUUUAGGGAAAUUGCAUCUUGAGUUUAAUUCAGACGGUGAACUAAUUAAUUUUGAUGGAAAUCCAGUACUACUAAACAAUUCUAUACCACAAGACCCCAGUGUACUGGCCAUUGUUGAUAAAUAUCGUCAAAAUAUAAUAAAAAUAUCUGAUGCAGUAGUUGGAAUUUCGUCAGUAACAUUAGAUGGACUAUCAUGUCGAUUAAACGAAUGUAAUAUGGGAAAUUUAAUAACUGAUGCGAUAGUUGAAAAAUAUGCUUCGGAAUAUCAAGGUGAUGGCUGGACCGACGCUCCGGUUGCCAUCUUGCAAGGGGGAGGAAUACGUGCAUCUGUCACCCAUGUAACUCAACCGUUUAAUGUUACUAAGGGAGAUCUCUUCGCAGUCAUGCCAUUUGAUGGAAAUAUUGUAAAAAUUACACUAAACGGAUCCAGUAUCUGGAAAAUGCUGGAACAUUCCGUUGCAAAAUACAAUACCAUACGUGCACCUGGGCAAUUUUUACAAAUGUCAGGAUUAAAAGUAGAAUAUGAUCUUAAUAGAAGACCAGGAAAGAGAGUUGUGAGAGCUGAAGUUCUUUGUGGUAAUUGUCAAUUACCAAAGUAUUCACCUAUUAACAUGUCUGAAAUGUAUAAUAUUUUAACAAAUGGAUUUCUUUCGAUGGGAGGCGAUGGCUUUUCUGUCUUAAACGGUUUGCCCGCCAUUACUUUAAAUUAUAACGAAUUAUCAUGUACCGUGGAUUAUAUGAACCGAACCAAUGCAGUGCAUCCAGCUAUUGAAGGUACAUGGAUUAAAUCUUAUGGUUGUGAACAAUCACUUGGAAAUCACGAAUUUGACAACGGCGUCAGCGGUUUGACUCCAUUCAUAAAUAAUCUCAGUUGUCCUGUGUUAGCGGCCAAUCUAAUAUUGACCAAGGUUCCCGAAUUAGAAAAGGAAACUAACUUAAAGAAAUCUGUCAUAUUUCAAAUAACUGGUACCUCAGUGGGCAUAAUAGGUUACUUGACCCCAGAAACAAAAAUGUUAGCCGUAAAAAAUAAUGUUGAAUACGUUGAUGAAAUAGUUGCACUUAAAGAGGAAGUUAAAAAAUUGAAAAGUGAAGGCGUCCAUAUUAUUAUCGGUCUUGGACAUUCUGGCUUUUCAAAAGAUUUAGUAAUAGCAAAAGAAGUAGAUGGCAUAGAUUUAGUGAUUGGAGGACACUCAAAUACGUUUCUAUGGAAUGGCACAAGCCCUGAUACUGAAAAAUCUCAAGGCCCUUAUCCCACUUACGUAACACAGGCAUCAGGAAAACGAGUGCCGGUAGUUCAAGCGUACGCGUAUACUAAAUAUCUCGGUAAAUUACACUUGAUAUUCAAUAGUAAAGGUGAUCUACUCGACGCAGAUGGCACACCCAUUCUGUUAGAUAAAUCUAUUCCCCAGGAUCCUGACGUUUUGAAAAUUGUGAAACGUUAUCAUACAGAAAUUUUAAAUGACACUGAAGAAGUCAUUGGCAAUACUGCUGUAGUAUUAGAUGGACUAGGUUGCCAGCACACGGAAUGCAACAUGGGCAACAUGAUAACUGACGCCAUGAUAUAUUGUUAUGCAAUAGAGUAUAAAGGUACAGAUCACUGGACAGACGCACCCAUAGCCAUAAUUCAAGGAGGUGGCAUAAGAUCAUCUAUAGCACAUGCAAAAAUGCCUACUGCUAUAACUAAAGGAGAUAUCAUAGGGGUUUUGCCUUUUGAAGGUCAUCUUGUAGUUGUUACCAUGAAAGGCAAAGUGCUUCAACAUAUGUUAGAGCAUUCUAUAGAAAAUUUAAAUGAUUUGGAUUAUCCUGGAGAAUUCCUGCAAGUGUCAGGGAUAAAAGUGGUAUAUGACAUUUCAAGACCGACCGGUUCAAGAGUCGUUCAAGCUCUUGUAAGGUGUUGGAAUUGCUCUAUACCGAAAUAUAACGAAUUAAAUUUAAAUGAAGAAUACAAUGUCAUUAUGUCGAGCUUUGUAUCAAAUGGUGGAGAUGACUACUCGAUGCUUGUAGGGCUGCCCACUCGAGUCUUAAACCAUAGCGAAUUAACUUGUACAAUGCUAUAUAUUAAGAAUCAUAUACAUAUUUUCCCAGGAAUUGAAGGGAGGUCACUUGGAAAUCAUGAAUUUGACGAAGCGGUAGAUGGACUUAUACCAUUUCUUAGAAACCUUACAUCACCUACGGUCACGGCUAACCUCCUCCUAGAUAAAGUUCCUGAACUUAAAGAACAAGCUAACUUACACAAUUCAAUCAUUAUCAAUAAAAAUGGAAUCAACUUAGGUAUAGUAGGAUAUUUAACACCAGAGACAAAAUUUCUUGCACCUAAAAAUGAUGUUGAUUAUGAAGAUGAAAUUAUUGCUCUAAAAAGAGAAGUUAAAAAAUUGAAAUUAAGCGGCAUUAAAAUACUGAUAGCUCUGGGUCAUUCAGGAUACUAUAAAGAUAUAGAAAUCGCUGAAAACGUUGAAGAUUUAGAUUUAGUUAUCGGCGGUCAUUCAAAUACUUUCCUCACAAACAUGCACAAUUCAAGUGAAAUGCCGGAGUACCGUCAGGGGCCAUAUCCGACUGUUGUGGAACAAGCAUCAGGCAGAAAAGUUCUGGUAGUGCAGGCGUACGCGUAUACAAAAUAUUUGGGAAAACUAAGUUUGACAUUCGAUAGUCAAGGAGAGAUCAUUAAUUAUCACGGAGAGCCCAUACUAUUAGAUAAAAAUAUACCCGAAGAUCCACAAGUUUUAAAAUUAGUUGAAAGUUAUCGGACCGACGCAGAUAACAUCUAUAGUGAAGUUGUUGGAAACUCGUUAGUUUUUCUCGAUGGCGAUUCAUGUCGAUUAAAAGAAUGUAAUUUGGGUAAUUUUAUAAACGAUGCUGUUAUUAAUUAUACAAGACAGUACAAUGAAGACUAUUCAGACAUAAACAUAGCUAUAAUUCAAGGAGGCAGAAUAAGAACAUCUAUAAGCCAUCCACAAACGCCAUUCAACAUCACUAGGGGUGACAUGAUAACAGUGAUACCCUUCUCAGACACAUUGUGUAUACUAAGGCUUAAUGGAACUAUUCUAAAGCUGGCCAUGGAGCAUUCUAUUGCGAAUUGGAGGAAAAUAGAUUCCUCUGGACAAUUUCUGCAAUAUUCAGGUAUCCAAGUGGUUUAUGACUUAGCUCGAAAGCCAGGAUCACGUAUUGUAAAAGCUAAAGGUAUGUGCACAAAUUGCUCUGAGCCAAGUGACAUUGGCGAUCACCUUCAGUAUAAAAUUGUUAUGUCAAGAUUCAUAGCAGAUGGUGGCGACGGAUAUCACACAUUCCAAAAUCUACCGAGAGAAAUCCUACCAUAUAAUGAAGUUACUUGUGCUAUAAAUUAUUUAAAUAAAUAUAGCCCUAUAAAGCCCACUGUAUCUAAAAGAAUAAUUAUUCUGAAUGAGGAUAAAAUAGAAGGGGCAUUAUUUUCAAAAGGCCAUUCAACUAAUUUAAGUUUCAUAUUAUUACUAUGUGUAUUUAUAAAGUUUUUA